UUCUUCCCAUAUAUCUUCCAAACCCUAGCCCCUCUCUUCCAAACAAACCUCAACAACAAUGGUGUGUAUACGCAAAGCAACAAUGGAUGACCUGCUUGCGAUGCAAGCCUGCAACCUCUUCUGCCUCCCUGAAAACUACCAGAUGAAAUACUACUUCUACCACAUCCUCUCCUGGCCGCAGCUCCUCUACGUUGCGGAGGAUUACGGUGGCAAGAUCGUCGGUUAUGUCCUCGCUAAGAUGGAAGAAGAAACCACCGAGUGUCACGGCCACAUCACCUCCCUCGCCGUUCUCCGUACUCACCGGAAGUUAGGGCUUGCUACCAAACUCAUGGUCGCUGCACAGAACGCCAUGGAACAGGUGUUUGGGGCAGAAUAUGUUUCGCUUCACGUGAGGAAGAGUAACAGGGCUGCAUUUAACUUGUACACCGAGACGCUAGGUUAUAAGAUCCAUGACAUGGAGGCUAAGUAUUAUGCAGACGGAGAAGAUGCAUAUGAUAUGCGGAAAGAAUUGAAGGGAAAGCCACAGCACCAGCACCAGCACCAGCACCAACACCACCAUCAUCACCACCAUGGUGGUGGUUGCUGCUCUGGUGAGGCGAAAGCUGAAUGAUUGAGGAUAUUGAUGUGUUUCAUUUGGCGCAAGUAACCUCAAGCCGAAUGAAGGAAUAACUCAAAUCUAAGACGAAAAGAGAUGGUUCAAGUGCUUCGCCAUUGAUGGAUCUCUUCUUACGAAUGUUUACUAGUGAAUGGUUAAACAUCACAAGUGAGAGUUUAGAUUUUCGCUUGCCUUGCUUAUAAACGUGCAUCCAUUAAAAGUGAACACAUAUCUUCUUUUCAUA